ACAUCAAAGUGAAGCCCCCCUCCCUCUCUCUCUCUCUCUCUCUCCCCGUCUCUCUCCAUCUUCUUCUUCAUUAGAGCAUCUGGAGGAUGAGAGAUGGUGGGUUUGAGUGUUGUUUUAGAGGGUCAAAACAGUGGGAGCAGUAGUGUCCAUAGCAAGAAAAGCCCACAAGUCAUCAACAAAGCCACCAUGUCCAUGGUGAUUAACGGCGCAGCCCCUCCUUCUCCAACACCCACAUCUUCAACAUCAUCAUUCUCUCGUAGAAGUUCUCUGCCUUCUAGUGCUUUCCCAGCACUUGCUUUCUUGGACCAGUGUUUUCUCUGCAAGAAAAAGCUCUCGCAAGGAAAAGACAUCUACAUGUAUAAAGGAGACAGGGCAUUUUGUAGUGCGGAGUGUAGGUGCAGGCAAAUCUUCAUGGACGAGGAAGAGACGCUGAGGAAAGACAACUGCUCAAUGGCUGCCAUAAAACCCACUUCCUCGACAUCAUCUUCCUCUCCAUCAUCCACUAGGCACAGCAAAGGAACCAGAAACAAACCAGGUGGUUUUGCUUAUUGAGUCUCUGCGAGGGAGAGAGAGAAAGAGAGAGAGCACUUGUGUAAGAUAAACAAGAAAGAACCCAAAAAGAGAAAUUUCUUUUGCUUUUUCUUUUUUUUUUUUUUUUUGGGGGGGGGUUUCUUAAGUGCACUAGUUUUUACUUUUUUUUCUCUCCUUUUUUUUUACCCUUUCGCCUUUAAUCUGUAGUGAAGUUCACAUCCUCCAGUUCCUUGUCAUUUUGCUUCCUGGUAUGAAGCCAAAAGUGCCUUCUAACUUUUUCUGCCCCCACAUACCUGUAGUUCUUUGUGCGAGCCCAUGGUUUGUAAUUGGUCUGACUUGGUGCAAUUGAGUGAAUGUGCUCUGCUCUGGUA